UCCAUCUCCGGAAGUGCUGAGUGCCGCCAUGGCGUCAAGGUUACUGCGGGUGGGCGCGGCGCUGCGGCUUCUGCCCGCCGCCACCGGGAGGAGCGUGAUCAGCCGGCACUAUGCAGCGCCCGGUGACCUGGCCACGGAUGAGGAGCAGGCGACGGGACUGGAGCGGAAAGUGAUGGAGGCGAUGAAUAAAGGACUGGACCCCUGGAGCAUGUUCCGGCCGAAGCGCUACGCGGGCACCAAGGAGGAUCCCAACCUUGUGCCGUCCAUCACCAAUAAACGCAUCGUGGGCUGCGUCUGUGAAGAGGACAACAGCUGCGUCAUCUGGUUCUGGCUGCACAAGGGGGAGGCGCAGCGCUGCCCGUCCUGCGGCUCCCACUACAAACUCAUCCCCCACGAGCUGCCACACUGAGCCCACAGGGAGCCCCCCCAGUGGGGUCCUGGGCUGUGAGACCCCCCCCAGCAGCCGUCUGGUGUUUGGAAGCUGAGCCACUGCAGCUCGUUCUGCUGUGUCCCCCCCCAACUUAUAGAGAAAAAGAAUUGAGUGUGGAAA